AUGGCCCCCCCAGUUUCUCUUACAUCCUACCCUACAAGAAGACAGCGGUCGUUCAGCUCCAACUCCUUUACGGUACCAAGUUUACACAGCAAACCCAGUGCUAGUGAGAUGCUGGAGAACUCAGUGUUCUGUGAAGACAAUGAAGAACCAAGGCUGCAACAUGAUAAAUUCAAGUUUGGCUACCUUGCAAAAAUGCUGGAUGAUCUACAAGCAACUGGUUUCACACUGGAUGAUAUACCCUUCAGGAUUAAAAAUAUAUAUCACAGUUAUUCACUAGCUGCUGCACAAAAGCAAAGUCUUGAAUGUAGCAAAGCCAACUUCAAAGGGAUUACUGAAAAAGUUCUGGACAAGGAAUGUAUUAAAUUUAAUGCUUACUCUCUGUCUUCCCAUUUUAUACAACUUGAUGCAGCCUUUCAAUUGAACAAUUAUGGGUUUUAUAUAACGAUGACAUUUGGAGCUACAUCAGCAGCAGGUCUGUUUCAAUGGGAGCAAUCUGCAGAGACUGUCUCUUUUGCGCCCAUUGUCCCAGUUACACUUUUCUGGACAACCGUUCUGUGCACCUUUGCAUUUCCUCUCUCACUGCUUGUCCAAGAGGAAAUUAAGGAGUUGCGCAACACAUUAGAGCAAUGUGUCCGAAAUGCAGAUCAGAACGAAUGCACAGCUACGGGGCAGAAGGACAAUGCUCCAGUCGAUGCUUCUACGGAAACAAUCGGAAAGCAUGCUAGACCUGGAGGUGGAGAGCCCAAUGUAGAUUUAGAGAGUGACAAAGUUAAUACACCAAGAUGUAAAUGCGUUAUGUGCAUGCCAAAGGCAAUGCAGUACUUCACGUUUUGCGUUCUCUUUCUUCCCCCGGUCUUUUCGGUCAUUGCAAUCAUUCUGUGCAUGGUCACUCUGAUUUCCCUCAUGAAAGCAACUGAGUCCGUCACGACAUUCCACAUAGCAGUUACAGUCUGCAUUCCGAUCAUAGCGCCACUUCUCAUCGCUCUUGUAUGGCUUCUUUACCGCAGGUCGGGAUUGACUCGCUUGUUAGAGCUAAAGAAAAUGCAGGAUGCACGGAAUUAA